AUGUUUAUCGCGUUCAAAGCUCAGAAUGAAGAGGGAUUGCGUAACCCAAAGCAUAAAAGGCGAAGUGAACGACUCAGCCGGCGAGGAUCUACACCGCGAGCCUGCACUUCAUGUCGUCGUCGCAAAAUUAAAUGCGAUGGCGAGAAGCCCUGUGAAGCUUGUCGAUGGUACAAGAAGCCUGAGCUGUGUGCCUAUACGGAACCUCGAUCCUCGCAGCCCAGCCAGCCGGAGAAACUGUCAAUACCCUCGCCCGACUACAAAGGCACACUUGAAAGGCUUUUUCCGGACAAUGCCCCCGAGAACAUCGCCCAUUUUUCACGAGAUAAAUUGUUAGAUUUGGUAACCGCAGGCGGAACUCCAUAUUCUCAACACCAGGACUCAUCGAUCGCUGCCGGAUCCCUCGACACCCACAACUCUACGUUGUCGGGAGAGAUGCCUGGUCUGGAAUCACUGCAUACAAUACCCGGAGAGCAACUCGACGAAAGUCAGUGUGCUAGUGCCUCGGAAUCGGUUGGGCAUAUCUCAGACGACGUCAACGCAUUAUCCCUAUCGGCUCGGCACCCAACCUCCUACCUAGGUGUUUCGUCUAUUCAGGCCGCACUGAAGGUCAUUGCGUGGCUCCACCCAGCAGUUAACUCAUACUUCGCUCAGUCCUUGUCUAAAGACCAAUGUUUGCAGCUGACCAACUCAUUGCCUCAGUCGCGAGCUGCACCUCAAGCUGACCCCCCACCCACGGAACUCCAAAUGCUAGAUGCAUACUUUGUCAACUUCCAGCCGUUUGCACCACUCAUAGACGAAGAAGCUUUUCGCACAACUCACUUACUUGGCCGUCGGAAGGACGAUCGAUGGCUUGCGCUACUCAACAUAGUUCUCGCGCUGGGAAAUAUUACAGCCGCAGGUGCAGAUAAUAAUACCCACCGUGUGUAUUUUGAGCGCUCAAUGGAUCACUUAAAUAUUCGCUCGCUCGGGAACCCUAGCCUUGAAGUCGUUCAGGCCCUAGGACUCAUGGGUGGCUGGUACUGUCACUAUACUAGCCAGCCGAAUCUCGCAUACUCCCUUAUGGGUGCAUCUCUGCGAAUGGCGGUUACGUUAGGCCUCCAGCGGGAACCUUCCGAUAUUCAUUCGAUACUCGAUCCCAAGAAGUCCGGAAUCCAGGAAUUCAAACGUCGGGUCUGGUGGUCGCUUUGUUGCUUGGAGACCUGGGGCCACGAGACGCUCGGCCGGCCAAGUAUGGAUUACUUUGGCCCGAGUAUCACAGUUAAUUUGCCUAGCCGGCUUGACAAGGAAUCUUAUUUCGAGGUCCUUCCCUUGACAGAAAAUGUUCAAUUUAUAAAGAUUGCGUUAAAAAUUCAAGAAUCGUUAGCUGCGCUACCGACCCUAUCGCACGCGGAGAUGUUCGAUCUGGACGCGCAGCUUGUUCGGUGGUGGCAUGACCUGCCGCCAGUCCUGAAGGAUUACGAACCCUGUCCCGAAUCACUAUAUGCAGUGCGUACUGUGAUGCGUUGGCGAUUCUACAACCAUCGCAUGUUACUUUAUCGCCCCACUCUACUGAACUAUGCAAUGCGACGAAUUCCCUUCAUGGCCAUUCGGGUUGAGGAACGCACUGCCAUUCAGAAAUGCCAGGAAAUCGCAGCGAUUUCUAUCCAAGACAUCUUCUCGACAACUACAUUGAAUCAAAUGGUCGGCUGGAACGCUGUUUGGAUGUUAUUCCAGGCCACUAUGGUUCCAUUGAUUUGUUUGUCCGCUGGCGUCGCAGAUCACGAUUCCGCUGCUUCAUUCGAAGCUUGUAAGACGCAGGUUGAAACAGCUAUGUUGACCCUUGGCCGCAUGAAGCCCUACGGACACACCGCAGAACGCUCCCUUGAAGUCAUUUCCGGCAUUCUCGAGUCUAACCUUCGUGGUCCCAUGGCGGAGCCGGUCGAUGCAAGUGGAGAUAGUCUCGACCCCCCAAACCCCCCAAACCCCCAAAACUUUCCUGUCAAUGCUUUCAACACUGGCCAACAGAUCCCUCGCGAUCGUGUUGCGGAUUGGACUGCUACUUCAUUUGAAACGCUUUCGUCUCAGUACAUGUGGGAGUAUUUGAGCUGGGACCAUAGCAAUCUCUGGCCCGAGGUUUUUGACCUCAAUACUCAGAAUGAAAAUGUGCCAAUGUCUUUCUUGACCUCCCCGGGAGGGAACAGGUGA